GAGCAACAUUCAGGUUAAAGACUACUGUGGACGAAUGAAUAGUAACAUAGUGUAAACAUAUGUUUCGGUUAAUUAAUGUCACACAAAUACGCUAUAAAGGUGAUUUUGGAGAAAAUUGUAUAAGAUUACGCUCUUGGUCGAAAAAAAUCCCCUUGGCGACUGUGACGUGGCCUCAGGGGAACGUUGAUAUUAAAACACGUUCUAAGCUGAGAGGAUACUGGAAAAAUAUGGAGGAGUACGAGGAAGAGUUUGGAGGUUGUUUGCAAUACGACGGACCUGUGGCGUACAACUACGAGCCAAAAAGACGAGAAAGGGAACAGAGCCAGACGCCGGGGCCGGUCAUGGGAAGGAUAAAUGGUCACAGGAGAGAGAUGGAGAUGUGGAGCAUCGAAAACCAGUGGAGAGUGGAGCAGGUGUCCUGGUGCCUUUGUACCCAGUGCGCGUCCAUGCCCUCUGCGUUGGAGAGCGUCUGUUGCAGGGAGAUAGAGGAGUACCGCGCUCUUCUUGAGAACCUCCCAGAGGACAUUACCUGCCUGACGCGUCGUCCCGGUUUCCAGAGCGUGUGCCUGGACCCGUAUGUGCUGGAGGUGGCAUAUUUGGCUUUUAAGCAAGAACAUGGUCCUCUCCAAGCCACCAAGCCAGAGCAAUAUCGAUACACAGCAUACCGGCAGAUUGUCCGCUGGGCAUAUGGCACUUUGGGUCGACAGAUCCGAAAACCUAUUCCGGCAUGCGUUGUGGCUGCAAUAAGGAGGCAGUACCCAGAGGAAGGAGGGACCUAUAAAGGUUUUGAAUGGGCUGAUCUGGAGGAUUCUUUUUCUUUUAAAUAA